GGGGCGGCGGGCGGGGGCUGGGCGGGCGGGGGGCGGCUGCGGCCCUCCUCCUACCGGGCCCUGCGCAGCGCCGUCUCCACGCUGGCGCGCAUCGACGACUUCUACUGCGAGAAGAUCGGCGCCGGCUUCUUCUCCGAGGUCUUCAAGGUGAGGCAUCGCCAGUCGGGGCAGAUCAUGGUGCUGAAGAUGAACAAGCUGAUGAGUAACCGUGGCAACAUGCUGCGCGAGGUGCAGCUCAUGAACCGCCUCUCCCACCCCAACAUCCUCCGGUUCAUGGGCGUCUGCGUCCACCAAGGCCAGCUUCACGCGCUGACAGAGUACAUCAACGGUGGCAACCUGGAGCAGCUGCUGGACAGCCCCACCCCGCUGCCCUGGCCCGUCCGCGUCAAGCUGGCCCUGGACAUCGCCCGCGGCCUCCGCUACCUGCACAGCAAGGGCAUCUUCCACCGCGACCUCACCUCCAAGAACUGCCUCGUGAGAAGUGAGGACAACGGCUACACGGCCGUCGUGGGAGACUUUGGCCUGGCGGAGAAGAUCCCCACCUACAGUGACGGGGGCGAGAAGGAGCCUCUGGCCGUCGUCGGCUCUCCGUACUGGAUGGCCCCGGAGGUCCUGCGUGGGGAGCUGUACAACGAGAAGGCUGACGUCUUUGCCUACGGCAUCAUCCUCUGCGAGACCAUUGCCCGCCUGCCGGCCGACCCGGACUACCUGCCCCGCACUGAGGACUUUGGGCUGGAUGUGGCCGCUUUCUGCAACCUGGUGGGAGCCGACUGCCCUGCAACAUUCCUCCAGCUGGCCUUCCACUGCUGCAGCAUGGAGCCCACCUCAAGGCCCUCCUUCCUGGAGAUCACGCAGCGCCUGGAGGGCAUCUUGAAGCAGCAGCUGGCAGCCAGAGACGCCCGAGACGCCCUGCAGAGCGACAGGACCAGCAUCCCGGGGAGCCCGGCACUCUCCCUCCAUGACAAAGCCGCCCAGGACCCCAUGCUGCCCGCCAUGCCGCCCAGCCUGCUGGACCGGCCUCCCGUGCCCCCGGACCAGCGCCUCUCGCGCAGCCAGUCGGACAUGGUGCCGCCCAGGGCACCCCAGGACACCCCGCAGCGGGUCAACCCCUUCUCCCAGCGCCACGACCUGCAGGGCGGCCGCAUCAAGCUCUUCGACACGCCCAGCAAGUCUCUGAUCUCGCUGACCUUCGACCUGCCGCCCCCCUCGCCCUUCCCGCCGGGCACCCCCGUCACCCCGGAGCCGGCCGUGGAGGCCCACUGCGACUUCUCUGAGCCGGCUGCCCUCGCCCGCAGGUGCCGCUCGCUGCCCGCCUCCCCGGAGAUGCCCCGCCGGGGGGGUCCUCGUCCCCCCCAGCCCCUCCUGUCCCUGGACUGCAGCAGCCUGGAGCGCCCCCUCCGCUCCCCUCCCUCCGGUGAGCUCAUGGACACCAGUCCCGACAGCCCCCCCUGCGCCCUCCCUGCGGAGCCGGCUGCCCCCCUGGCGCCCUCCGUGGCCAACGGCAGCUUCAUCCGCACGGCCGUCUCUGGGAUGCAGCCCUGGCCCUCCAACGGGCUGCUCUUGAACAACAACAGCAAGCCCCCCAGAUGGGGAGGGGGCUUCUCGGAGCUGAGCGUGCCUCCGCCCGGCUCGGGGCCCCCGCUGGAGCACGCAGGAUCGGCCCUGGCCCUGAGCGGAGGGGGCAGCGUUGGGGUGCUGGAGCAGGAGGAGGUGCUCAGCUGCCCCGCCUGCUGCCUGGGGCCCUUUGGCUUCAGCUUCGCCUCCGUCUGCCACCGGCCCCCCGCCAGCGCCCCCGCCUACCAGAACCUCAACUGCGAAGCUAAGAGCCUGCUGUGCCCGGAGAGGCACCACAAGGGCCCGGUUCUGGCAGAGCCCAGCCUCAAGCUGCCCGAAGCACAGUCCUAAGGCGGGACACACAGAGGGCCCCCCUGAGCCCGGCGGGGCAAAAGGGGGGCUGCGGACCCACGACGGACCCUUUGGGCAGCCUCAGGGUGCUGCAGCGCAUUGAAGGUGGCACAGUCGGUGCCAGCGCUAGGCCGGCUCUCAGGGCCUGGCAAAGCGGAGCAGCCUGUGGGGCCAUGUUUUUUGGGGGACGGGAGGUUAAGAUUCCACCCUGUGGCCUUUUGUAGCAAAGGGGCUUCCCGCUGCCUGGAAACCCCCCUCCCCACCCCUGGCAGGAGCUGUGGGAAGGAAGGGGGGGUCCCUUCCCAUGAGCCAGGCGAAGUGCAAUAAGGUGGCCGCCCCACGGACCCCCGUGUGGUUGGACUGGGGAGGUGGGGGCCACACACCAGCAUCCGAGAGACCCCCCCAAGGUUUCUUUCUGGGUGGGGGGCUUUGCCCACCCCAGUGCAGUGCCUCCCUCUGCAAACCCAGGCCUGGUGAGACCUCCUGGUGUGGGCUGGAAAUAGUGGCCUGGGGACCAGGGGGUCUUGCCCCCCCAAUAAUACUUGCCCUGCUUGUUUGGGGGGGGUGACAGAGGAGAAAGAGACUCUAAGGACUGGGGGCGGGGUCAGGAGACAGAAAUGGGGGGGCAGGGAAGUGUGCUUGUUUGCGUGUCACAUUUGGGGACUAGGAAACUGGGAGACACAAGUUUGGACCUGCAAUGUUGGGGGGGGGGCUCAGCCUCCCCCCUGGGUGCUCCUGAGCUGUACGAGUGUUGGAGGGGGGUGGGCAGGCAGGUGGGGGGAGUUGGGGGUGGAAACUGGCUUCUGUUCCCAGCACUUCUCUCCUGCCCAUGUGCAAUAAUGAUGAGUACUGAUUUCUGGCUGCAUCUCGGCCCCCCCUCCUGUGCGAGGCUCAGCGCGUCCCCCCCGACCCCCCUAUACUCAGUGCCCCAGUGGGAUGCAUCUGCAUUUUUAAUAACGACAAAUGCUGCUUUAUGUAUUCAGCUUAUUUAAAGUGUUGGAGAAAUAAAACAUGAUGGCGGUCGA